AUGCCGAACCCUACUUCAAUACUCGUUGCAGCCUGCUUGCUCGUCAGCCCUCUUGCCACCGCCUCUAGAGGAAACAAUGUGCAUAACAGCGAGUACUCCCCCAACUACUCAACGCCGACCUCAUACAGCAACAUCACCUCCAUUCUCGAUAAAAUCCUUGCGCGUGGCUACCUGAAAGUCGGCACAACCGGAGAUUACAAGCCGUUCUCCUACAAAGUGGCCAACCAAACAGCUCUGCCUGCGACAACACCAGCCAUAAACACCACUUAUAUCGGCGCUGAUAUCGAUUUGGCCCAGUCGCUUUCAAACUCACUCGGUCUCCCACGUCCAGUCGAGUUCGUCCCCACUAUCUGGGCAAAUGUCACAGCGGACAUUGCAGCAAGCAAAUUCGACGUCGCCAUGAGCGGCGUCAGCAUCACCCUAGCCCGUGCGCAAAAAGUCUUCUUUUCCACUGCAAUCCAGCGCGUGGGCAAGGCCGCCUGCGUGCGAUGUGCCGACCUCGCCAAGUUCUCGUCUCUGGCGGCCAUUGAUACUGCCGGUGUCAAAGUCGCUGUUAACCCCGGAGGCACGAAUGAGGCGUUUGACCGGGCAAAUCUGAAGACGGCUACCAUUGUUUUGGUGCAAGACAAUAAUGCCGUUUACAAGGCUGUCAUGGACGGCGAUGCCGAUGCCAUGAUUAGUGAUAUCAUCGAGGUUGAAUUGCAGGUCCGGUUACAUCCGGGCGUGCUUUGCAUUGUUAAUCCGAAUGCGACGUUUACAUUUGAAGAGCUGGGUUAUAUGGUGGAGCGAGAUGUUGUGUGGAAGCAGUAUCUGGAUCACUUUGUACAUAUUCAGCUUGGAAGCGGUAAUUGGAAUCGUACGCUGGAGAGAUGGAUGUCCUAUAAAUGGCCCUCGGUAUGA